AUGGGCGGAAUUCGAAAAGUCUCGCACACUCCUCGAAAACAGAACUUUCGAAGCCGAUUGCAACGUGCAUUGUCCUUGUCGUCUUCUGAGUCUGAGGAUACUGGUAGUCCAUCCAGAUCCGCUACAGGCGAUACCACAGAGGACGAUUCAUCCUUUCAGGAGGAACACGACUGUGUCGACCAGGACAAUAGCACCUCGGCCGAUGAGAGUGAGCAACAAGCUGUACGACAGCGGAAGUCUGUGUUUGGACACCAAAUGGGCUUGGAACCACGCGGGCAGACUCAGCUUUCCGGAGAUGGCAAUUCGGUUGCUCUGGAAUGCCUGACGGAGUCUAUUGAGCGCUCAUCGCAGGGCCAAGCAACCUGGAAUGAAACCAUUCGCAACGAUCUGGCCGAUAUUUUUGGUCGAUUGGCACUCGUCGAAAGUGAGAUCCAAAAGGGGACACGGCCCGGUUCAAACAAAGCUACAGAGGGCCAGAAGAUCGGAUGA